AUGGUAGCAACAAACAACGGUCAACAGGUUGCGAUGACGAUCCUCAAGGCACGCUUUGGAAGCGAUGUACGAAAGUCGAUGCUACAUCAUGCGAACGAUCUCACGCUUAACGACCUUACGCUUAUGAUUCAAAGGAUCUUCAAAAUUGGAUCUGCUGAAGCUAUCGUAUUGAAGUACAAAGAUUCGGGUACGUUUCUUGGUGUUUAA